UUGACAGGGAACCUUUACGUUAUCGAUGGUUUUCAUCGGUGGCUUCACACAUUUAAAAGUUACCCAUGAUUCUCCGCACAGUCUGCGGCUCAUUCAAAAAUGGAGGAGAGCGAGAGAGAGUCGGAAAGUGAGCGAUGUUCAGCACCUUCCCGAACAUCUGACCAGCAGACCAUUACCGAGACCUCCGACCGAAAGCUAGAGACUGACGAAGAUGAUAUCAAAACUAAGUUGGACAUCAGUUCGGAUAAGUUUGACCCCUUACUCGCUCUAUAUUCCCCACAAGUGCCAUUGCCUUACCCCAAUAUCAAGUGCUUUAAUAACAUCGCAGAAUAUGAGAGCUUUAUGAAAGGCGGUCGAGGCCGAGCGAAACCUGAAAAUGUAGAGAAAAGACUCCGAAAAGCACAGAAAGGUAAAGCAGACCCGGAGAGGAUAGAGAGGCUGAAGAAACUCAUGGUGAACAACCCGGUUGAGGAGGGAGAGGGAAGCGGAGUCAAACGACCGCCUCGACAGCGAAAAGCGGCCAAAAAUGUGCUUACCAGAAUGCCGCUGCAUACAGGUAGUCCAUUGGGAGAGCUCAAUAGGUGCGUCCAGGAGAAAAUCAGAGUCAAAGUUCACAUCCGGACGUUUAAAGGGCUCCGCGGAGUGUGUUCUGGCUUUGUGGUGGCAUUUGAUAAGUUCUGGAACCUGGCAAUGGUGGAUGUGGAUGAAACGUACAGGGAGCCUCUUUUGGGACAAGCUCUUUAUCACGAGAAAGCACUUACUGUCACAAGGCUAUUUGAAAAACUGAAAGUUCAAGAGACUGUGGCCCUCAGUGCAGUUGAGAGGAAAGGAGAAGAUGCCCUCUUAAAGUCAGACCCAUACAGUAGUUCAUCUCAACUCAGAGACCGAACCCGUAGGAGAACCGACCCCAAACAUACCCAGGAAAGAUCCGAACUCUCUGAGAAAGACAAGAGUACAUCAAAAGUGACACAAAAAUCUGAAAGCAAGCAUCAAGUGAAGUAUGGAAGAGUGCACACGCGUCAUGUCAAUCAGCUUUUUAUACGAGGAGAAAACGUUCUUCUUGUAAACAUACAACAGGACUAAAUACUGUCCUUAUGAAAUAAUAGUUUACUUUUUUUGGAAGUCUCCAUGAAAAGUUUUGUAAUAUGAGUGUAUCAUAUUGAUAUGUAUAUCAACAGGUGAAAAAUGUUAAAUGUAGAGUAAAAAACUUUAAUUGUGGUUGGUUUAUGAGCAUCCUCAACACACACUAUUUGUUUUUGCCUUGAAUGACCACUAGGGGGAAGUAAGACACUGAUACAUUGUAAGCGUUGACAUUGAUUGCAGUCUUAUUUUUGUUAUACAUUUUAUAAAUUAUCAAGGGGGAAAUGGAAAAAUAUUUAACAAAUCAUUACUGAUAUUCACUUCACUGCUGUGUUAAAAUGAAAGUAAUCUAUCAAUCUCACUAAAACUCUAUGGCCCGUCAAUACGCUCUUAUUUUCUUGUCAAAAGACUAUUCUAUUAGACGUUUAUCUCUUAGUGUAAAAAAUUUGCGGUUGGAUUUCUCCAUGGAUUUCAUAAAAUAGUAUAAAUGGGUUAAUUGAGCUUUUUGAGGUUGGAAAUUGCAUGUGGCACUCAAGGCUUUUUGCCUUGACAUGCUUGAAUGCUAUUUUUCCCUUAGCCUUACAAACACUACCCACAUGAAAUAUAAAAACGCUUUCUGUUCACUUUAUUAAAAUCUUAGAGUUCCUUGUGAUUUACUCAGUCACAUGUCCGUUUAAAAUGCUUUAUGUAAUUUUAUUCUUUAUAACACUUGUAUGAAGAUGUUCUAUAUUAAUUCAACUAAUCAUGGUUACAGACACUUAUGGUUUAAACAGUGCCGGUCGAAUUGCUCUAGUUGUAUUCAUCCUCAAGAAUUUAGAUGGUAAAUAUUAUCUAACUUAGAAAAUAAUUAAUUUAUUUCCCCAGCUUAAUAGUAUAGGCUUUUUCUACAGUAGUACAAAUGUUAAUUGUCGUUUGCAGACUUGCUUAGCCAUGAAAAUCAGUGUCUUUAACCACUCUAUAUUUAUGAGGAGUUUAACAUUUUGUAUAUUCUUAAAAUCACCAUUUAGCUCUGGCUAGGGGAACACGUGUUCAGAUGAAAAGUAGAUAUAGUAUAUACCCUGAAGCAGUGUUGCCAAGCCCGCGGUUUUCCCUCGGAAUUUGGGCUACUUUUACACUGUUGCCGCGGGUUGUUUUUCGUGUCCGCGGGUUGAAUCGACCCAAAAUCACGUGAUAUUUAGUCCCUGGAAUGCGAAUUUUACCUGUGGAGUCCCGCCAAAAACACGAAUUUUACCCCCUAGACCGUGAUUUUUACUGUGAGACCCCCCUGGAAUGCUAUUGGGCUAGUUUUGAAGAGCGAUUGGGCGGGUUUUGUUGUGAAAACCUGGUAACCCUGCCCUGAAGUAGGGGUUGCACAGACUAAUCGACGCUUUAAGCAUGACGUCGACUAGUCGCUGAUCAUGGCCUAUAAAGUACCUCAGGGAUGACGUGUUUUUGUAGGCCAACCCGGAAGUUAGCGGCGCACGGGUUCCCUCGAUCGAAAGCCUAUGCAUUUUUCCCAUAGACUUUUGGAAAAUCGCAAAAAAUAAGCUCUGUGUUUAACAAAGGGUUAUGACACUUACAUAUUUUGAGAUAAUCUUUAAAGUUAACAAAACAUUUAUACAUUUCGAAGCCUAAAUAAAGUCGUCAGAGAUAUAAAAAGCUAACAGUAGGCUAUAAACGGACUACAACACACCAUGGUCGCGGAGCAACGUCACCACCACCAAGCUUCCUCAAACUUUAUUUAGAAAAUAACUUUAUUUAAAACAUGCUCACUGAUUAUGAUCUGUGCUGUGUAUGAAUACUUAUCCACUUUUUCAUUAGAAAUGUUGUCCAAAUGUCCUGUUUGUCAUGAUGACGUCUAAAGUCCCCGCCAAAGGAAGUAGUCGUUUUUAAGACACAAUAAAGAUUUAAAAAAUCACAAGCGUGUUAUAACUGGUGUGUUUUAUGUCAUAGAUCAAAACGUGAAAAUAUUUAGAGGCUUUGUUAACCACAGACCUUAUUUCAGGCGAUUUAGCAAAAACCCAUUCAAAAAACCCACUGACUUCGGGGCGAUGGAACCGGAAGUCCUAAAAUGCUAACUCGCUUCCGGGUUUUGCCUACAAAAACACGUCAUCCCUGAGGUACUCUACAGAGGGGGCAUCAGGAUAAAAAGUCCACCUUUAACGUUACCUGUAUCUGAUUUAGAGCAAGCAGAAAUCUGUUGAGAAAUAUAACGACCCAAAGACAAAAGAACUGAUAAAAAUAAACUUAUGUAGGAGCAAUAGGCUUGUGGGCAGCGCUGCCAUAUGCCAUAGCUGUGCACAAGGCAACCGCCGCUCAGUCUCAGCUCGAGGUCAUUUUUGCUUUCAAAGACGCGAAACGCGGGCAGUGGAAUAGGACAAACGCAAGGUCUCGAGACGCGUUUUUUAAAAGUUGAACUGAUUUGAACUUGAGCGCCGUGUUUUUAUUGAACGCUGUGUCAUGCGCAAGACGCGGCAAAAGACGCGAGCGCAACGGUCAUAUACACGUCCGUCUAGUGUGUAUUUACAUAGAAAAACAAUGGAAAAGCAGCCAUUAGAAUGGAAAAACAGUUCUGUGUGAACGGCCCCAUAUUUGUUCGUUAAUGACGUCAUCAUCGACCGGUCGACUCAACUUUAAUCACAUAAAUGUCGACUUUAAAAAAAUCUGUCCCAACCCCUACUCUGCAGUACAUAUAGAAAAUAAUGGUGGGAUACAGAAUCAUUCUGCAUCGAGCAUUUAAAAACGUAUACAUAAGACACUGGAACUGUAGCCAGUUUCCUUUUCCUACAUUAAGCUCAAGUUCCUUAUUAGUCAAAUGUGACUUAUUAAUUUUACGCCAAUUAAAAAGUUCACUGGCAAAGGACCCAGUGAAAAUGGGACAUGUGGCUGUACUGCUUUCAUCCUGUUAAUGCAUGCAAAGUUAACAUUUGAAGUCAGGUCCUAGGAGAACUCUAAGAACAGACUAUUUUUAAGACACGAGAUUGAUUAGAAGAGAUAAAAACAAGCAUCACAAUGAAAAUGGAAAUCAAGUUUUUAUUGUCAUUCAUAAAAGAUCAUAAGUACAAUCAUGUCAUUGUAUGAAAUUGAAAACACAUUAAACAUUCUCAGUGGAAGAAAGAUUGUUUUUUGUUGCUUGCUGUAGAUUUGCAUAAACAUAGUGUUUCAUGUAACACUCCCCAACCCUUAACCACUCAAUAGUUGAGAUCCUACAGAACCCAACAGACCUGACUACAAAAACUAAACCAACCCUUCAGGGGGGAAAAAAAGAAACAAGAAAGGAAGAAUUUGGUCAUUCUGCUUGUAAAAUGCCUCAGAAUGGAAGAGAGGCGCUCGGUUAGCGUCAGCGGACACUGUGGACAGAAACAGAUGAUCUUGACAAUACAGUGAUGGUCCUCUGGAUAUCCAACAGCAUCCAACAAACAGCCUCACCCUACACUCAGCAUGAGCAGACCUGCAUAAAAAUACGAACCCAUAUCAGGUUCAAAUAUAUAUAUAUAUAUAUAAAAAU